AUGGCACCAUUUGAGGCAUUGUAUGGCAGAGCAUGUAGAUCUUCCACUUUUUGGGAAGAGAUUGGAGAGUCACAAGUCUUGGGCCCGCAGCGUUUUCAGCGAGAUGCAGAGUUGGUUGGCACCAUUAGACGCAGAAUGUCAGACGCCCAGGAUCAACGGAAAAGUUAUGCUGAUCAGAGACGGAGACCUUUAGAGUUUUCUUUGGACGAUCAUGUAUUCUUGCGAGUGUCUCCCACCAAGGGAGUUAGGAGAUUUGGAUUGAAAGAUGUAUCGAUCACACUUCAACCAGAUGUAGCAUCUGAGGAAGUUCCAGUACGGAUAUUGGAUCGCAAGAAGCGCCAAUUGUGA